GCAGCCAAUGGGGGAGCGGGCGGUGAGCCCGGCUCUCGCAGGGUGUGUGCGGGAGUGGUUGUCCUCUCGCUCGUGCCGCCGCUCGCUCCAGCCCAGCCCAGCCCAGCCCAGCGCGGCCUGACCCGCUGGAGCGCCGGUAACCGCCAUUCCCUCAGCAGAGCUACAGCUGACUGUUUGCCAUUGCUGUAGUCUAAUGUUUAUUAGGAAAUAGCACCAUUGGAAUUAAUCUGCCUCUCAGUGUGUCCUAACCUAUUCAAGAUCUCAGCUGUAGUGAGCUUAUGAGACAGAAGAUUUCUGUGUGACAAAUAGAUCUCAAGUCCACUUUUAAGGAGGACAGCUGUUCAGUUGCAGAAAACUCGCUCUUUUUGAAUGUUUGACUGUUACUGCCAAUUUGACUUCCAAGGUUUGCUGUUCCUUUAAAGCAAUUGAAGCACAGGAUUUCCUGUUCAGGCCUUAGUGUUCUAAACUGUUGUGGUUAGAAGAGGUACCUUAAUUAACAUACUGGACGCUCAGACUGAAGUGCAAGCAUAGCCUGUAAGGAAGAGGCAACUACUGUAUAACUCUUUCUGAAAAUGGCAGAAGCUCAUCAAGCAGUAGCUUUUCAAUUUACAGUAACUCCAGAUGGGAUUGACCUGCGAAUGAGCCAUGAGGCACUCAAACAAAUUUACCUAUCUGGUGUUCAUUCAUGGAAGAAAAAGUUCAUCAGAUUCAAGAAUGGAAUUAUCACUGGCGUUUAUCCUGCUAGCCCAUCUAGCUGGCUUAUUGUAGUUGUGGGUGUGAUGUCAACAAUGUAUGCCAAAAUUGAUCCUUCUUUAGGAAUAAUAGCUAAAAUCAACCGAACACUUGAUACAACUGGCUAUAUGUCAAACCAAACACAGAACAUCGUGAGUGGAAUACUUUUUGGCACAGGGCUUUGGGUUGCCCUUAUCGUCACAAUGCGCUACUCUCUAAAAAUGCUGCUUUCCUAUCAUGGUUGGAUGUUCGCUGAACAUGGCAAACUUUCUGCAGGCACCAAGUUUUGGAUGGCACUUGUAAAACUCUUCUCAGGACGUAAACCUAUGUUAUACAGUUUCCAGACAUCUUUACCACGUUUGCCAGUUCCAGCUGUUAAAGACACAGUCAAUAGGUAUCUGGAAUCAGUUCGGCCACUUAUGGAUGAUGAAGAGUUCAGAAGAAUGGAGGGUCUUGCCAAAGAUUUUGCAUUUAAUUUGGGACCAAGGCUUCAAUGGUAUUUGAAACUAAAAUCCUGGUGGGCCACAAACUAUGUUAGUGAUUGGUGGGAAGAAUAUAUCUACCUUAGAGGACGUGGACCGAUUAUGGUUAAUAGUAACUAUUUUGCAAUGGACUUCCUUUAUUUAUCUCCCACAACCCUGCAGGCAGCUAGAGCUGGUAAUGUUAUCCAUGCCAUCCUGCUCUAUCGGAAAAAACUGGACAGACAAGAAAUCAAGCCAAUUCUUCUGAUGGGAUCUACCGUUCCACUCUGCUCAGCUCAGUGGGAACGGAUGUUUAAUACCUCACGUAUCCCAGGAGAGGAAUCAGUGAUUGCAAUUCUAGAUACUCUCCAGCACGUGAAAGACAGCAAACACAUUGUUGUGUAUCAUAAGGGACGUUACUUCAAAGUGUGGCUGUACCAUGAUGGUAGACUAUUGAAACCCCGAGAAAUUGAACAGCAGAUGCAAAGAAUUCUUGAUGAUGAUUCAGAGCCUCAGGCUGGCGAAGAGAAACUAGCAGCUCUUACUGCAGGAGAUAGAGUACCAUGGGCUAAAGCUCGACAGGCUUAUUUUAGCCGUGGAAAGAACAAACAGUCCUUAGAUGCUGUUGAAAAAGCAGCGUUUUUUGUGACGUUGGAUGACAUCGAACAAGGGUACAGGAAAGAAGAUCCAGUGAGGUCACUGGAUGCAUAUGCAAAAUCCUUAAUACAUGGCAGAUGUUAUGACAGGUGGUUUGAUAAAACAUUCACUCUUAUAGUAUUCAAAAAUGGCAGAAUGGGUCUGAAUGCAGAGCACUCUUGGGCAGAUGCUCCUAUUGUUGGACACCUGUGGGAGAAUGUAAUGGCAACUGAGUAUCUUGAACUGGGCUAUUCAGAAGAUGGGCAUUGCAAAGGAGAUACAAAUCAAAAUAUUCCUAUUCCUACCAAACUACAGUGGGAAAUUCCAGAAGAAUGUCAAGAAGUGAUUGAGAGGUCUCUGAGCACUGCCGUAGCUCUGGCAGAUGAUGUGGACUUCAAUUCAUUUUUCUUUGAUGCUUUUGGGAAGGGACUAAUAAAGAAAGCAAAAACCAGCCCUGAUGCCUUCGUGCAACUUGCCCUGCAGCUUGCUCACUAUCGGGACAUGGGAAAGUUUUCUUUAACGUAUGAAGCUUCUAUGACACGCUUGUUCAGAGAAGGCAGGACCGAAACUGUUCGUUCGUGUACUGUUGAAUCAUGCAAUUUUGUUCGAACCAUGGAAGACCUAACUGAAAGUAAUGAAAAUAAGCUUAAGUUCUUCCGGCUUGCUGCUGCCAAACAUCAGCAUUUAUAUCGUCUCGCCAUGACUGGUGCUGGCAUUGACCGCCAUCUGUUCUGCCUUUAUGUCGUGUCCAAGUACCUUGCUGUAGAUUCUCCUUUCCUUAAGGAAGUUUUGUCAGAGCCUUGGAGGCUCUCAACAAGUCAGACACCACAGCAGCACAUUGAUCUAAAGAAGAACCCUGAGAUGUUAUCCUGUGGUGGAGGAUUUGGACCGGUGGCUGAUGAUGGUUAUGGUGUUUCUUAUAUUAUCUUGGAUGAAAAUUCCAUCCAUUUCCAUGUCUCCAGCAAAAUAUCUUGUUCUGAGACGGAUUCUCAUCGUUUUGGAAAAAACAUCCAAAAAGCAAUGGUUGACAUCAUGGGUUUAUUUAACCUUAGUAAAAACUGUACCAAGUGAUUGCCUUAUUGGUGCCAACCAAUCUCCUGUUGUUGGGAUGAGAACUCUUCUGCACAGUGAAUGAGAGCAAGGUUUCUCAAACAGCUGAUGAAGAAACUGAGUCAACAUCUUGAUCACCUAUGAAAACCUUAGCAGUGUAUCGAAUGUUUCUUUUUUUUUUCUUUUUUUUCAGUAGUUUGGAAGAGGUUAUUUCCACAAAGGAUGACUUUUGAAAUCUUGUACAUUUCUAGGGAUGAAGUAUAUUAUCACUGCAUGAAGUCAUGUAUAUUCUUAACUCCUGCAGUUUUCUCUUAAUUUGUAUACACUUGCUCUAUUUUUACUUAAAAUUAGUCUACUUGUAUUCCAGAAUCAAAGGGAUAAAACACACUGUCUUAAACUCAAAUACUAAGUUCGAUUUGCUAUGUAUUAAUAGCAGAAUGUUCUUCAGUGUAUCUGUUGCUUUAUGUCAAUGAAUGACAGAACUUGUGGCUGUUUACUUUCAUUGUUUUGUGGGGCAGGGUUUAAGGUAAUUUCUGUAAAACAUAAAAAAAAAAAAUCCCUGAUAUUACCCACUGUAACAUAUCAAGUUGUAGAAAUUUUUUGGUUUUUGGAAAAAAAAACCAUUGGGUAGUGCUACAUUGGGUACUAAAAUGUGUCACCUAAUUGGCAGGUAUCACAUUUUUCUUAUUGCUCACAAGCAUAUUUGCCACAUCAUUGAUCUUAUUUCCGUAUAAAUAAUUGAAACUGUGUGCUUGUUCAUGUGAGUGCCUUAGAAAAAGAAAGAUCCUAAACCCAGGAAAAAAGCUUAUGCUGGGAGUUGGUUUUACACUUAGUGGUGAAGGAGGUGAAGUAGUAGUAAUGCAGAUCUAGUUUUCAAAUUAUAAGAUGGGUUGAUGUGGCAUAAGUAGACUUGAAUAUGUUGCCAUAUGGUGCAGUUAGGCUUAAAGCUCUAAUGAAAUGCUCCCAUCUUAAAUAGCAAAGAGCAGUCCCUAUGAAAUGCAGGAAUAACGUUUUUCAGAGCUACAGUUACUCAUGUGUUUAUUUUGGUGAAUGGUAUUGGCAGUCGUUUGAGAUAAGAGUUUCUGGGUCCCAGGGAAUGUCAGUUUAGUUAAAUGCAACCUGUUGGAUAGUCUGUGAAGCAAUGCUGCCUGUAGAGGCUGAUAAUUGCAGUUUGCCUGCUUUCAGCCUGGAAGGACCACUACUGCAUUGGCAACUAUCUGCACGAGAAGGGCAAACUAUUAAAGCUGUGGAAAAUAGCUCCAGAAUGGGAAAAUCCUGGCCUUCUCAAACCCCUCCUGGGAGAUGCUCUUGGUCAAGCACAGUUUCUGAAGGAUACAAGGAAGGAGGAGGGGAAAGCUAUUUCACUCAAAAAGAAGCAUAAUAUUUCCAAGUCCAGAAAUAAAAUGGCUACUACAUAAUGGAAUAACUUUGUGCGAGAUGCUUCUCUUCCCCAGGCUUUAUAGGUGUGGUUACUUUUUACAUCCUGCAGUGCAGUAAAGUGUACCUGUUAGCGUAACAAUUUUAUGUUGGUUUUUUUUUUUUUUUUAAAUGUAAGGUACAUGGUAUUUAGUAGUACAGUGAAUGCUGCUCCAGAGCUAUGCUGAUUUUAAAAGACCUUUGGGGUUGAUAUAAAACUUCUCAUUAGACUUUGAAUGUUUUCUGGCCAGUAUUUCUAACUUUCCAUGCCUCUUCAUGUUUUUUUUUAACUCUAAUGUAACUAUUGAAACACCUGUGUAUGUAUGUUUGAGGUGGGAAGCCUCAUCCCAGAUGCAUCCUUAAACAAAUGCAUGCUUACAUAAAUGUAGGAGCCCUCACAGGAAUUGGCCAACGACACUCAUCAUUUGAUUAGGGUACAGUGUGUGGGAAAGGACACUUUGAAUAAGCCUUACUGCAGAUGGCAGGCCUGGCAUUUAUCAAACUACUCCAACAAUUUUGUAGUGAUCUAUUCUUUUGGAGCUGCAGACAUAAUGCACAGGUUUUUUGUUUUUUUUUGUUUUGUUUUUUUUUUUUUUAAUUGACCAGUGACCAGUCUGUGCUUAAAUUAACAUUAGGGCAUGUGAGCUUGUAGGAUUUUCUUUAAAAAAAAAAAAAAAAAAAAAAAAAAAGCUUAGAUUUGACUCUCAGGUUUUGAAUGUUUCAAGUCUAAUUGUAGUUAGUGCAGUUAUCAAUGCAAUUUUACGUUCUUAGAGAGUAAGUAUAAUUGGCACAGAAAGCUGUUUUUUAUUGUAAAUGUUUUAAACAUUUUGUUGUGUUAAAUGUGUCUUUUUUUAAUUUGGGAUAGGUCAUAAUUCCUAAGCAGAUAAGACUAUUUCAUUUUCUUUAAAAUGUCAACAGCAUGUAAAUAAAAUAUGCUUUUUGGAUGUAAAUCUUAGAAAUCCACAGUGAAUGUAGGUUAUUAAUAAAUAACUAAUUUAAAUCUUGAUGUUCAAUAUUGUGUACAUACAGUAGAACUGCUUGCUUUUUUGCUCAAAAGCCAUAGGAAUGUAACUGAUAUUACCUAGAUUUGAAUGAACCUUCUAGUACAGUGUACUUUAUAAUAAAGUAAAAUGUUCAUAUUCCAGAAAAACUAUUAAUUUGUUACUAAAACCUUGAAUCACUUAUUCUCAAUUAGUGAGAUAUUAGUGAUUUAAGAGCUCAAGUUAGGGUUGAGUAGGUGGGUUGGAUGAUAAUAAAUUGACCUGUUUAUUAAAUAGCAGCACGGAAUUGGUGGAAUACCUCAAAUGUGCAUUUUCCAAAUUUCUUAUUUCAGCUAUUUCUUGCUUGAGAUUAGGAGAGCAUUAAAAGUGCAUUUAGAGGCUACCAUUGUACAGGAUUAAUACCAUUCCAAACUAAAUAUUCUUUUAAGGGUGGGGUUUUUUGAGGGACUGAGGAAGUGUGUGCCUGACCUUGAAAAUCAUGGUUCUGAUUCAGCCUUUGUACCAAUUGUUUUUCUCAUAUAAAAUAUAUUAAUUUAAGCUAGGGGUUUUUUUUAAUCUUGUUCAAUUACUCUGCAUCUAUGGUUGGUUAUUUACAUCCAGCACUUUGUCCCUAUUUUCUACCCUCUUCUGGAACUUAAAAAAAUAAAAUAAAAUUUCACAAUUA